AUGCUCUCAAGCCGGCGCUGGACCAUCUCGAUUCUACAACGGCUCCUCCGCCCGUCGACGGCUAGCUCCCAGUGCCGCCUCUUCACUCUCUCUCUCCUCUCCCUACUCCUCGACCCAGCCGCCGUCGAUGACGUCAGAUCUGACCUCUUCAAACGGCACAGCGACUACCAGAUCCAGAUCCACGAUCGAUCCAUCAAGAUCGAUUUCGUCUGGUCUCCGUUCGAGUCGAACAUCUCGUCCUUCAUCAGAUCGAUCGAAGGUUCGGCCUCGAGCUCUCCCGACGUGAUCGUCGCCGGAUCGGGGCUCUGGCACAUGCUGCACGUGACUGACCCCGCCGAUUAUGGCGGGAAAUUGAGUGAAAUCAAGAAGGAAGCUAGCAAGGCUGGGGUUUUGGAGCACGCGUUCUGGUUAGGGUUGCCGGAGCUCGUGGAGACGAUGCUGAACACCGAGGAGAAGAGAUUAAACAUGAAUAGAACAAUGCAAGAGAGUUAUCGCGCCGAGUUGGGUAAAAGUGGGAUGUUGAAGAGGGAUGGAGGCCAAUUCUUGCUAAUUGAUGUGGGUUUUUUGAGUAGAGAGUGCGGCGCGAUGUGUACAGAAGAUGGGAUGCAUUAUGAUCAGAGAGUCUAUGACUCGGCGGUGCAGAUUAUGCUCAAUGCGCUGCUCAUCGAAUCGCAGCAGAGGGUCUGAAAAGGUACUCUCUGUAUUAGAUUGUAUUAUGUGAAUUUUUUUGGUCUAAUCUGAUUGUUUAUCGCGGAAAAUAAAGUAUAAUGAAGUGAGUUGAUUGAUAUAGUGCCGGAAAAAAAAAGAAGAAAAGAUUGUAGUUUGUACAUUUUUUAUGGA